UGAAUUUGCUGGGGCAUCCAGCAACCGGAAUGGCCUUGCGCGGCGGAGGUGUGUUGCAGCUGUACCAAAGCCUGGUGAAGCGCCAAGCCCUGCGGCCAGACACACCACAGCAAGUGGUUGCUGCUCAUCUGGACAAGCUCCAGCGCCGCCUUUUGAACUAUGACUUGCCAAAGAAUAUGAAAGGCCCGACAAAAAUCCCUCGGGGUCUGUACAUCUACGGCCAAGUUGGGACAGGAAAGUCCAUGCUCAUGGACUUGUUCUACUCCAAAUUGGACAACAAGAAGCGACGCGUGCACUUUCACGCAUUUCUGCUGGAGGUCCACCGCCGCAUCCAUCAGCGCAAGCAGGAGCAUCUCGAAACGUACGGCCGGUCUAUGCACAUUGAACUCCAGCCUGAGCGCGACAUCAUCGGCACGAUCGCCAAGGAGAUCGCCGCAGAAAGCCCUGUGCUGUGCUUUGACGAAUUCCAGGUCAUCGACAUAGCUGAUGCCAUGAUUAUGCGCAAGUUCUUCAGCGUCCUCUUCCAGCAAGGCACAGUCAUGGUCGCGACAUCCAACACGCAUCCCCAGAACUUGUAUCCCGACGGCGUGAACCGCGAAUACUUUCUUCCGUUCUUGGACCUCCUGCAGCAACACACGAAAGUGUUGUCGAUCGACUCGACGAUAGACCACCGCCGCCACGAUGCGCCCAUGGAGGACUCGUACUUUACACCGGUGACGCCUGAGGUGCAGAAGCAAGUACAAGCAAUUGUCGAUGCACUGCUGGAAGGCCGACCUCCGCUCCAACUCGAAACGAUUCCAGUCAUGAUGGGACGUACGCUGCAAGUGAAAGGCCAAGGAGACAUUUGCGUCGUCGACUUUGCUACGCUGUGCAAUACAGAGAAGGGCGCCGCCGACUACAAAGCCUUGAGCGAGCGGUUCCGCGUCGUCGUGCUGACUGACAUUCCUCAGAUGACGCUGGCCAUGCACAACCAGGCGCGGCGAUUUAUCACACUCUUGGAUGAGCUGUAUGAGCACAAAGUGCGCCUCAUUUGCACGGCGGACGUCGAGCCAGAUGAGUUGUUCAACUUCGACAUCGACACCGCCAAGGUGCCUCUCCCAGUGUCUCUCGCUAUGAAACAAACCGAGCUGCGCAACUUGCAAGCAAAUCACAUCAAGCCAUUUACAUCGUGGGACGGCCCGGUCGCCCACGACCCUGCGACGUCAUCCAGCGACGACCGUGUCAAGAACAUGAGCUCCAUGACCGAUCUUCUGUACGCAUGCAAGCGCGCGGUGUCGCGGCUGCAUGAAAUGCGCACGUCCAAGUACCAAUUGCAUUUCCCGAACGCAGACACAUAGACAACACCAACAAGAGUCUUCAUGCACGACUCGAUUCUUAGGGACAAAAUGUGACGAGAAAGACUUCGUCGUCGGGGCAAUCCUUCAUCUUCCAGUCGUCGAACGGGUACAAAUACGCGUCCGGACACGCGGGCUGGGUGCACGUGACCUGGUGGCAGUUGCCUUUGCGUGGGUUUCCGUCGUACUUGGUCGGGAAGACAGACACGGGGACGUUGUACCCGAUGGCCCCACCAGAAUUCCGGACGCAUUCAGCAUAGCUCAUGCCGUUGCCGCACCCCGGUGGGAUCGCACUGAUGUCGUACCAAAGCUUGCGGUCGGCGAACGUGACUUCAACAAGCGUCGCGUCGGCGGCUUUCGUGUGACGGUACAUCGUGUGCUCGCGGUCGAUGAGGGUGUCGCCGCACUGGCCAUUCGGCUGCAGCGUGCAGAGCAAUCGAUCGACCUUGAACACGCUGAUGGGGUACGUGCAUCGGUUGACAAAGUUGAGCAUUUGGUCCAGGGAGGCAGGUGGGACUGUCGUCGUAGUUGUUGUGGUUGGUGCACGGGUCGUUGUCGGGGCAACCGUCGUCGUCAUGGGCGCGGCUGUUGCUGUCGAGGGCGUCGGAUCGACAUUGGCGAAAGGUUCGCCGGUAGUGGGCGCGUGGUUGAUGGGGGUGGUUGGGUCAUUUGGAUUUGAAUCGGACGUGGGGGCGUCGGUGCGCCGGCGGUCAGGCGAGGUGUCGGUGAUGGCGUUAGCCAGUGGCUGCUGUCCGUCGGUUCCAGACGACGUGGACGCGUCGCCAACGUUUCCACCUGUGAGCCCUAUCGAAAGCCCAAUGGUGACAGCGACCACGGCGACGGCGAGGAACCCCAUGAGGAAGAGUCGUCGGCGGACAGUCUUGGCUUGAAGGGCCCAUUCUUGGGCCUUUGACUCUUCGUUCGUGGCAGGCGUGAUCAUCAAGACCAUCCCAUCCCAGAUCGACGUGCGCUUCGGACCAGCUUUCACCCGCACGAGGGACGCUGCACCGCCAGUUUCAAGAUCUUUGGACGGCGUGUCGAGUGGCGGUUCGAUGUCCGGGUUGGGUUGGUGGGGUGUGUCCGCGAUGACGCCGGACGCUGGCGCAGGAAUCGCCACGUCGGACACGACGGUAAGAGAGGUCAUUGGCAAUGGAUUCUGCAGUGCCAUCACAGGCACGCACUCCGAUCAAAAUGGCGGACGGGCCAUGGUUGGGUCAGCAUGGACAGCUAAGAAUAGAUAGCAGACUUGAGAGAAGCAUGUUGUCGAGAUGUGUCACGUUGGGCCGAUUACGCACAGCUGCGAGCCUCCCACCGUUGCGGUGCUGGAACGCCACCCUGCUGCUGAAGUGCUCAACGUCACCCUGUCAGCGACGCCGAGAGUGGUGGCCAACUCGACGCACUGGCGGCAGUCAGCAGCUUCCAUGUCGACAGUUAGAUUUAGGCGCAUGUGCGACGGUAGAACUCGCAUCAGCGCUUGGACACCACGAGCUUCCAACGGGUUGUGCGCCAACGACAAGAACUUGACAUGGGCACAUUGCGGCAGCACCGUAACGAGUUGGACGGCGCCUACGAAUGUAGUCCAGUUUUCGCUCAGGUUGACGAACUCGAGACUUUGGCACAUCGGAAGAGCAGAUACGAUCGCGACGACUCCGUCGUCGGUGAGGGCCAGUCUGUGGACAUCCAGAUGGGAGAGGUGACGGCAACGCGGAAGAACCGCCGCCAAAGUCAGGCCGACGGAAUCUCCCAUGGCAUUGCGACCGACAGAGAGACUCGUCAGGUAGGUAAGUGGCAAGACUGACGCCAAGUCUGCGCCUCCGUCGGCCCCAAUGCCAGCAUUCGCAAGACCGAGCACUUUGAGCGGGAUGUCGCCGGUGCGUGAGGAUGCCAACAGAGCCUUUACGAGCCGCCUCACGCCUCGAUCGCGUACAGGGUUCCCGUCAAGAUGUAGCUCGACCAAAUGUGAAAGCCACAUAAUUUUGUGCAUCAUGGACGUUGGAGUCAAGUGCGUGUUGAGCAAGACAAGCGUGUGCAAUCGAUGAGGCAGGUGGGCCGCCGAGCUUAGAGCGCGUCCAAGGUUACCCCUGACGAUGCGUAAGUGUUUGAGGGUUGGAGAAGAUGCGAUAGCAAACACAACAUUUGCGCAGUCGUGCCGAUGGACACUGCAGGCAUCCAGGGAUAGCUCCGUCGCUCGGUUCGAAUGCAGCAACCAGUGGCCAAGCCUAGCGGCACAGGACGGAGGUAGUUCCCACGGCGAUUGCUUGAAGUGUAGGGAUUCAAUGGGGCACGAUGACAACGAUGCAAAGAGCAGGUCUAGCUCGAACUCGGUCAAAGCCGUCGUGCACUUGAGCUCGAGACGUCGGAGAUUGGAAAAUCGCUCGAGUGUCAGGAGAAAGCUGCCCGGGACAUCUAUUCCGCCGUAGAAAUCAUCCAUGAUCAAGGAUGUGACGUGAAACGUUGAUAGUGUGUGGAACCAUUCAAUGGGUCGUGGGUUCGUCGCCUCGGGCACGCAAU